AUGCCGCACUCACACCACUCACACUCGGGCCAGUUCUGCCGUCACGCCAAGGACACGCUAUCGGCAGUCGUGGCAGAGGCCGCCCGCCGAGGCUUCAAGACGUUUGCGCUCACCGAGCAUUGUCCGCGAUACCGCGUCCAGGACCUGUACCCCGAGGAGGCGUUCCUGCUCGAGGCGGCGCGCCUGCGGGCCGCGUACGCCGACAAGCUCACGCUCCUCAUCGGUAUUGAGAGCGACUACAUCACCCAGCUGGACGUCGACGGCAUGACGCGCUACCUCGCCCGCCCCGAGAUCGACUAUGUCGUCGGGAGCGUGCACCACGUCCGGACGCUGCCGAUCGACUUUGACCGUGCGACAUGGCUCAAGGCCGUCGUCGCGUGCUCCCCGAGGGCGGCAGAGGUAGACGCAGACGCCCGCCUCACGCCAGAGUACACGCCGACGCACGCCGAGCUCGCGCCCUUCCUCGAAGCAUACCUGGACGCGCAGUACGAGCUUCUCCAGGCAACGCAGCCCGAAGUCGUGGGCCACUUUGACCUGUGUCUCCUGUACACGCCGGGCGUGAGCCUGGCUGCCGUCGGCGGCGGCGUGUGGGACAAGGUCGAGCGCAACGUGCGCUAUGCAGUCGGGUACGGAGCGCUGUUCGAGGCCAACGCCGCGGCGAUCCGGAAGGGUUGGGCGACGAGCUACCCGGGCGCAGACGUGUUGAACCUCAUUACCUCGCUCGGCGGCAAGGUCUGCCUCUCGGACGACUCGCACGGCGUCGCGUUCGUGGGGCUCAACUAUCUGCCCAUGCGCGACUAUCUCGUCGCCCGCGGCGUGGACACUGUGUGGUCGCUCGUCCCCGCCGAGGCCAGGCAGCAAGGCGACGAGGCGGUCGGUCCCCGCGGCCGUGUGGUCGCUCGCCCCCUGCCCGGCUGGGACAAGGACGCAUUCUGGACCACGUUCGCUGCGACUGCGAGUGCAAAGUAA